AUGGCAACUCAUUCGAAAACUUAUCAGGACUUUUUGGAAAUGGGGAUGAGUCAAUUGAAGGAUUUUUUAACUGUUAGAGGCAUAUCUAUAAGUGGUUAUUGUGAAGGUAUGUCUAUCCCCUCAUUUGCAAAGUUAUCAGUGUCUGGUAUUGUAAAUGACAUUAUACGAAAAGAUCUAAAAGAUUCAAACGAAGACAAGAUAACCAUUCUGUUGCAAAGAUUGUGUUUUUCUGCAGAGGAUGUAGCCAGCAUUGAAAAAAUGACACGUGGACAGGUUGAUACAGUUUCAUGGAUUGAACAUCGAAAGGGUCGGUUAACAGCUUCACAACACCAUGAAUACUACACGAAGGUUAAUGCAAUUGCUCAUGUCAAAGGUGCGUUAUAUCCCAAAAUAACACCCCUUGCAGCCGAUAUCAUUCUGAACCAUUUGGAGAAAGUGGAUGCAGUAAGAUGGGGCAAAGAUCAUGAGAAAGAGGCCCUUAAAGCAUUUUAUGCACAUGAAGCUACCAAGCAUGAUAAAUUUAAGUUGGAAAGUGCAGGGUUAUUUGUGGACAAAGAUCGAGCCUACAUAGGAGCGUCACCUGAUAGUGUUGUGUACUGCAAGUGUCAUGGCAAAAGUGUUAUUGAAAUUAAAUGCCCAUACAACAUAAGAAGUGAAAAUGUUACAGAAAACUUUCAGAAAUGUGUAUUUAAUGAUUUUGAAUAA